AUGUGUUCUUUCUUUCUUUGGAAGAUUUCAACGACUUUCUUUGGAAUCUUUUUUCUUUCAACGUUGAGCAAAAUUUUAAGAAUAUUUUCUGAUGAUUUGUUUUUAACUUCUUUCUUUCUUUGGUUACCUCUUUCCUUCCCUUUGCCUUUUCUUUCUUUAUUUUCUUUCUUUCUUCUUUCUUUCUUGUUUUCUCCUCCACCCCAACAAACCUUUGUUUAUGUGUUCGUUUUUCUUUCUUUCUUUCUUUCUUUCUUUCUUUCUUUCUUUCUUUCUUUCUUUCUUUCAGCCAUUCAGUGUUUUACUUUCUUUUUCCAGCCUUUGUUUAUGUGUUCGUUUUUCUUUCUUUCUUUCUUUCUUUCUUUCUUUCUUUCUUUCUUUCUUUCUUUCUUUCUUUUUUUUCCAGCCAUUCAGUCUUUUUUUCUUUCUUUCUUUUUUCUUUCUUUCAGCCAUUCAGCCUUUCUUUUUUCCAGCCUUUGUUUAUGUGUUCUUUUCUUUUUCUUUCUUUCUUUCUUUCUUUCUUUCUUUCUUUCUUUCUUUCAGCCAUUCAGUGUUUUACUUUCUUUUUCCAGCCUUUGUUUAUGUGUUCUUUUUCUUUCUUUCUUUCUUUCUUUCUUUCUUUCUUUCUUUCUUUCUUUCUUUCAGCCAUUCAGUGUUUUACUUUCUUUUUCCAGCCUUUGUUUUUGUUCGUUUUCUUUUUUCUUUCUUUCUUUUCUUUCUUUCUUUCUUUCUUUCUUUCUUUCAGCCAUUCAGUGUUUUACUUUCUUUUUCCAGCCUUUGUUUAUGUGUUCGUUUUCUUUCUUUCUUUCUUUCUUUCUUUCUUUCUUUCUUUCAGCCAUUCAGUGUUUUACUUUCUUUUUCCAGCCUUUGUUUUAUGUGUUCGUUUUUCUUUUUCUUUCUUUCUUUCUUUCUUUCUUUCUUUCUUUCUUUUUUCUUUCUUUCUUUCAGCCAUUCAGUGUGUUCUUUUUUUCUUUCUUUCUUUUUCCAGCCAUUUGUUUUCUUUAUUUUUUUGUUUUAUGUUUCUUUCUUUCUUUCUUUUUUCUUUCUUUCUUUCUUUCUUUCUUUCUUUCUUUCUUUCAGCCAUUCAGUGUUUUUACUUUUUUUCCAGCCUUCGUUUAUGUGUUGUUUUUUCUUUCUUUCUUUCUUUUUUUUUUCUUUCUUUCUUUCUUUCUUUCUUUCUUUCUUUCAGCCAUUCAGUGUUUUACUUUCUUUUUCCAGCCUUUGUUUAUGUGUUCGUUUUUCUUUCUUUCUUUCUUUCUUUCUUUCUUUCUUUCUUUCUUUCUUUCUUUCUUUCAGCCAUUCAGUGUUUUACUUUCUUUUUCCAGCCUUUGUUUAUGUGUUCUUUCUUUCUUUCUUUCUUUCUUUCUUUCUUUCUUUCAGCCAUUCAGUGUUUUACUUUCUUUUUCCAGCCUUCGUUUAUGUGUUCUUUCUUUCUUUCUUUCUUUCUUUCUUUCUUUCUUUCUUUCUUUUUUUCUUUCUUUCUAUCUUUCAGCCAUUCAUUUUUUUACUUUCUUUUUCCAGCCUUUGUUUAUGUGUUCUUUUUUCUUUCUUUCUUUCUUUCUUUCUUUCUUUCUUUCUUUCUUUUAA